UUCCAUUAUCCGCGGCGCGCGUCUGCCUCUGAAACAUUUCCUUCAGUCCGUUCGCGUCCGCUGCAGGAAGAAGCUCGCUUGCGUUUCCUCCUCGUCCGCGAUGUGAUUUCCGGAAUGUCGGAAUCAAACCCCAAACUCGACUCCGGCACCCGUUUGCCGCUCCACCACCGCAACCCCAGCUACACAAUCCGCGUGAUCUGCUGCGUCCUCUUCAUCUUCAUCACCGAGAUCUGCCUGGCGCACUACAUCUACCGACUGAUCAACUCGGAAGUCCGCAGCGACUACGUCUCCAAAGAGGACUUCCGCCAGUUCUUCCUCAACGAGCUGCGCGCCGACCAGGCCAAGGACGAAAUCGUGCGGAUUCUCAUCCUGCAGGAGCACCAGAAGGGCACCAGGAGGCGACGCGAUGCCGACGAUUACCAAAUGCUCAACUCGCCGAGCGACGAGCCACACGUGGAGUUCUUCAGUCCGGAGAUGAGGAGCACGCUGGAGAAGAAGGACGAGUUGAUAAGGCAGCAGACGGGGAACAAGGGGGCGGCUCCUGGGGGCGAUUCCUGGAUCUGGCUCACGAGCUACAGCCGGAUUCCGGAAAAGGCAUUGGAGGGCUACUGCAAGAAGGUGCACCAGUUUUGCCCUCCAGGUCGGCCUGGUCCCACAGGACCUCCGGGAAGUCAAGGACCUAAAGGCGACCGCGGAGACAAGGGUUUUCCUGGCGUGCCGGGCCAAAUGGGUCACCGAGGUUUACCAGGCCUUCCGGGAGAAAAAGGAUCGCAAGGUCGUCCUGGAUUGGAUGGUCGGGAUGGUAUUCCGGGUGAGCCAGGCCUGGAUGGAAUGCCUGGACGCAAUGGUUACGACGGUAUUCCUGGGGUUAACGGUAGACCUGGGUUACCGGGGAGAGACGGGCGCAAUGGAACCGAUGGACUUCCCGGCUUGCCAGGCCCUCAAGGCCCUCCAGGCCCCCCAGGCCCUAAGGGACUUACGGGCCCUAAAGGGAAGCCCGGCCGACACGGCCGUGAUGGAGAUCCGGGAAAGCCAGGCGGGACGUUUUAUCAAAUCAACGGAAAAAACGUCUCCGAGUUGCUGAUACCGCCCUCGAUUGCAGGGGCUCAAGCCACUCCGAUGGGACCCAUCGUGGUACACGAGGGAGAAAAUGUUCGAUUGCACUGCUCGGCGAUCGGCACUCCCAACCCCCACGUGACCUGGAUGAAGCUGGGGAAGCGGCCCGUCAGCAGGGGGGCCUGGCAUGAUACGGGAGUUUCAGGCCACACGUUGAACAUAACGAGGGUUAACCGAGUGCACAUGGGCCAGUACAAGUGCAUUGCUGAUAACGGCAUUCCGCCUCAAGCGAGCCAAACUUUUAAUUUGGAAGUCUAUUUUCCGCCCCUUAUCCGGAUAUACAAUCAGGUGGUUGAAGUGCCGACUGGAUCUUCGGCCGUUCUUGAAUGCGAAACCGAGGCGUUCCCGGAAUCUAUUAGAUACUGGGAGAGAUCCGAUGGACGUCUCUUGGAAAACGGAAAUAAAUAUCAAAUUGACAACUCGCUAGACAGGGAUCUCUACAAAGCGAGAAUGCAGCUGAACAUAACCAGAGUACAUUCAAACGACAUGACUUAUAAAUAUUACUGCGUCAGUAAGAACGAGCUGAAAACAAUCAGAGGAGAACUCCAGAUUCAAGAACAACAGCCAGGCAGACCGCGCCAGCAACUUAACGACAAGAAAACCAGCAUUUUUGGCAAUUUGCCCCCCAUUCAAGUCUCGGAGGAAGACCUGUGUGGCCCCCCUGUCCAGUGUCCGGAGUGUGAAGCUUGCAGUGCGAGCGGUGUCUCGCUAAUCGACCUCAUAAGUCGCUGGAACAUCAGGAAAUUCGGCAACAUAAUGUACGACAAGGACUACGCAAACAGAACCACAAAUUGCGUUUUAUACGCGGUGGGCAAACCCGUGUACCACCGCUAUUCGGACCACAACAAUGGGUGUUGGAUGCGCGAUUCGAACCCAUUGGUUGAAAAAGACGCCGAAAAGUUCUGGGUGACCCAGGAGGACGACCCAAGCCACCUGUUCCAGUUCGAUAACAAGACCAUGUUUCGGCGAAACGCCCCAUCCAGAACCUAUGUGCUGAGUUAUCCGUUUCAGGGGAACGCACACGUCAUUUAUAACGGAUCGUUCUAUUACAACGCUAAAGCGUCCAACAAAAUAAUCAAAUUUAAUCUGCAGACGAGCCACUCGGAUAAUUUGAGCUUGCCCUUUCCUUACCCCCUUAAUUCGUCGAAUCUCUACACAGCGCAGUACAACUACAUGGAUUUCAGCGUUGACGACAACGGAUUGUGGGUUAUUUUUCCCGUUCCGGAUUCGAACAACACGGCGGUUUUGAAGAUGGAUGUAAACUUGAUGAAAAUCAACUACAUCUGGAACGUAAGCAUAAACCACAAUAAGGUGGGUGAAAUGUUCAUCGUUUGUGGAGUGCUAUACGCAGUGGACAGCGUAACAGACAGGAACACGAAAAUUCGAUUCGCCCUCGAUCUGUACAACGAGAAGCUUCUCGAUGUUAAUCUUGCAUUUUCGAACCCUUUUAGGAAAACAACAAUGAUAGGAUACAACCACCGGAAUAAGGAGCUGUAUACGUGGGAUAAGGGCAAUCAAUUGACUUAUCCCGUGCGGUAUCACGAGUCGGGUUAUAACAUGACGGACAGGGACGAUAAAAUUUUCGCAAGCGAAUUUGCGCAAAGGGAUAUGCCUACAGGGUACAACGUUUUCCAUUGAGGGACGACUUCUUACAGUAGAGUAGAUCUCCGUUUUAGAUAAUUUGUACUAAUUGUAAUCAAUGGUGUUUGUGGCCCUUGUAAAUAAAAACUGUUUUUUUCU